UGUACGAAUAAAGUUACAAAUAACGCGAAACCCCCCCACAAAUGCACAUUGGUUGGGCUCCCGUAAAACUGCUGCCAUUUCUUCCGCCGCCAUUUCGAUGUUGGUUAGGGUAUGAAGAUACCUAUUGGCUACGUGGGUGUAUGUCUUAGGGUAGGAGUUUCUUAGUACAAAUACACUAUUGGGUUGGGGUAGGAAGUGUCUUAAACUAAUAUAGUGUCUCAGUCUAGGGCCCUAACCCUUGGUAGACGCUUCAUUGUAGGACCUAACCCUGUACCUGUACAAAUGUCUUACGUCCAGCGUAUCAAACCAGCAACAGCAGCCUCGUCCAUCACAGAAGACUCCAGCUGCAAGCUGAAGGAGGCCGUCCGCAGCAGAGUGAGCGUCUGCACCUUCACCAGCCCUGAAUACCUUCCCUGGAAGAUUGGACACAGGACAGGAGAAAGCAGAGGAGGAGGAAGGUUGAAAAGGAAGAGUGUGAGGGACGGGCAGCGGCAUUCUCCAGUGAGUGACAGCCAGAGAGAGGAAGUGUCUCCUGUAAGUGAUGAUGUCACAGCAGACUGUGUUCCUCUCAGCCUAUCAGAGGAGCUGAAGAGAAAGAAUGUGAGAGUCCUGACCCCUCGACCCCCUUCAGUUUGCCUCCCUCUGCCGAUUGUCAGUGAGACAUACCCUGUGGUGUGCAACAGUGAUCCGCACCAUCACAAGCCCUUCACCUCCUCUGGACACCACUUCCUAGAAGACCCUAAUCCCAACUUUAACCCUAGCCCCAACCCCAGCAGGACCACUCUCCACUCUGCUAUCGUCCGCAUCACUGACUCCCUGCAGGCAGACAUCAUGGUGAGGGAGAGGAGAGAGAAAGAAGGGGCGAGAUGGGAGAAGGGUGAGGUGAAAGGGGAGAGGGAGAAGGAGAGGGAAAAAGAGAGAGAAAGGGAGGAGAAACAGGGUGUGGCAGGGCCCCACAGUGUGAGCCUCUGGGUUCUGUCUGCUGAUGGGAGGGUUGGUAAGGCCUCAGAACUGGGACAACUCCCGCUGCAUAGCAACCAGCUGUCCCCCCCUCCCUCAAGCAGGGCCCAUCUCCUCCCCCCUCCCCCCCCCAGGCAGAAGCGAGGCAACUCCACUGCUGUGGGUCCUGUGCUCAAUGGGAUGAACCCUAAAAUGUCGGAGCCUCUGAUUGGCCCUCCAGACUACUUUAGACCACUCCCCUCUGGAACCAGCAAGAGGCUUCAGACAAGCUUUCCKAGGGAGCCAAUCACAGGUCAGAUGGACUUCCUGUUCAUCUCCAAGCCGCUGAAGCAUCAUCAUGAAGAGAGCAUGAGUCCGCUGGUUGCCAAGCAACAGGCCAGUAGGGAGGAUUGGCGGUUGGGCCAGAGGCACUUGGUGAUGCUGUCAGAGGAAAUAGAUGUAGAGAACAUCAGAGUUUACGGAGUCCGCUUCUUCCUGUCCCAACUCGGGAACAAGACCCCACGGCAUUCCACCUCCCUCUAUCUCUCAGAACAUCACUCACACACACAUGAUGUCAAAACCAAUUCCCUUUACGACUCAGGCAUGGAACACACAUUGAAAACCUGCUCCUCUUAUGAGUCUGGCUCAGAACAGACACUGAGACCCAACUUCCCCUUCGACCCUCAGCAGGCUAUCAGCAUCCCUACYGCAGAGAAUGUUCUCUUACCAUGAAUGGAGAGUAGGACUAUAUAUUAUCUAGCUAGCUAUAUAUUCUAUAACAUAGCAAUUACGUUACGUUUUUUACAAUAAAUUUGAACUGCAAACUUCA